UCGUUUUAUUCAAACUCGCGGACAGUACAAUUCCUCGCACUCUGACUUAACGCAUAUACUUGCCGCAAUUGUAUGACGCCGCUGAACAAUGGCACUCCUUGGUAUUGGAAGAACUAGAGCAUUUUGCCGAUUUGGCUAAUUUCCUGCCAGUGCAGAUAUUUCGCGAACCUAAUGGAUUGUUAUACAUCAGUCACCGCUUACAUCCCUGUUAUCCGUUGGAACUAAUGGAUUUCUCAGGCGAGAAUAUUAUGGAAAAUGGUCGAGGCACAGACCCAACUGUCCGAAUAAGGCGUUUCUCUUUGCAUUCUAAAAGAAGUUUAGAUGAAACCUGUGAAACGCUUGAUGAAACAUUUUUGGUCUCGGAACGCAAAGUCGAGGCGCUACAGGGAGUCCAUGUUGCUGCGUUUUCUGUCAACCACGCUCAGCAGCCGUUGGCAUAUUUUACGACAGUGAAGCUUAUCGAGGAGCAAUGUGUCGAUUGUCUGGAUGCGGAUAACCCAGAUAUUUGGGUUGUCCGAGUUCACCCUAUUCUCACUAGAUCAGCAAGUUUGAAACAGUUUCGUUCCAAACGAAGCUUAACGUUACCUGAUGCAGUGCAGCCUGAGGAAAUUCACAACCCAUCACCGUCUAAUUCUGGCCCAUCGAUUAAGUCGUUCAAAGACCCAGCAGCGCCAAUCGACGUGCCCAAAGUUGGCCGGGUUAACGCAGUUUGCCUCACACGCGUUACAAAGGGGAAUCAAAGGAGAAAGCGGGAUCCGAGAGAACUAUUCCGUGAAGAAGUGAUAACAAUUUCCAACAAACAACAGGAGGCCAAAAUGAAACGCAGAUAUGCGGUAACAGAACUUGUGGAAACUGAAAGGGAAUACGUGAAAGCCUUGAAACCGCUGUUUGAGAUAUUAGGCCGCAUCAAGAGUCAACUUAUUGUGCAUGUGGGAAAACCUGAAGAGGAAACUAUCGAGAUGCCAGAGGGAAUGCACCACACUAUACAACGCAUACGUGAUUCUCUAGGAAGUAUCCUGGAUUUUUCUGAAAAAACUCUACUUGGAAAACUGGCUGCAUGUACCACGAAUCCGCCAAUUGCAGCAGAUCAUUUCAUUGAACAUGCGGAUGCAUUUGAUAGUUAUACCGUUUAUCUGGUGUAUAUCGACAACUUGGUCAGACAAGUCACGGUUCUGACUGGCGACGAUUCAAACCCCCACUUUGCUCUCAGCCGCCCAAGUUCGAGUCCGGUGACCCCGGUUGAUGGAGUGGAAAGCACAGCCUCGCUACUCAGCCAGCGGACAACUCUGUCUUUCAAACAUUUUAUGGAAUUGGUUUACAUACCACGACUUCGAAUUACAACUUACAGGAGCUUACUUCAGGAUGUUGCACGCUACACGGCUCGAACUGAAGAAAGUACGGAGCAGCUGGAAUCAGCCAUGACCUUGUUGGCCCGAGUUACACGGCGUGCUGAAGAAAGUGUGAUUCUGUGGUCUCAGUUGGAAAUGAGUGACGUCCGUUUCCCGCAGCUCGCAAAGGAGUUUGCGUUGACUCACACCCCCUGGUUACUGCCACCAGCGCUAGUCAGACUGACUGAUUUAGAAACGAAUCUGCGUGAGGAUAUUUCCCCUAAUCCGGAGUGCACACAAUCUGGACGCUUAGUCUUGGUACCAACUCAAUUGGUAUUCAUGCUUCCGAAGAAAGAUAGCGGAGUUACGUCGUCUUGGAAUAUAGCAUGGAUUUUUAAGCUGGAACACCUGCGUCUCGGGGACUUUUCGACCAUGACAGAUGAACCACUUUGGUUCGACUUAUGGAACGUGGAAGGCCCUGAUCUAGUCAAAACUGUGAUUCGCGUAUUCUGUCGAUCGUUCAUCAGCCAGAAUGCUUGGAUUGAAGACGUCCGUUGUGCCUUAGUUUCUACUCUUUGUUGUGACUUUGAGGAAACCCAUGUACCAGAUGCUACAAUACUAGCACACGAGCAGGCUGCUUUGCAACGACGUAUCCAGUAUCCUGAGGAAAUGGAAUUACCUGACCUUCGACGCGAAUCCGUAACUGAGAUUUAUGUGGAUGCUAGAGAGGAUAUACAACAGCUGAGCUUUCAGUCCGUCGAAUCCAUGCUUUUGCAACCGAAGGACAUGGACUCAUCAAUUGUUAAAGUGCUGUCCAACCAACUGGAGAAACUGGAUGACAGUAACUCUUCGUCUUACCAUACAGCUGAAGAGCCUACUGAGGAAGAGCCAGUUUCACCCAUAAAAGAAAGCACAACAACCCUUUAUGAUUCGUAUACCACGUUGGACGAAGUUGUCACGCCCUUUUCGGAAGAUCAACGCUCGAUGUUGGAUGAGCAGCUAACGGCGGAAUUGAAAGAUGACCUAUCAACCGAGGUGGUUCUGGCAGAUGCGGUCAAAAAGACGCUGACGGUGCAGGCAGGGGAACAGAUUCAGUUCAACGCAUCGUUCACCAUCACUGGACCCAUCGCAUACGAAGUACAGUGGCUAUUCAAUGGCCAACCUCUGCCGGAUGACCUUGGUGCUGAUAUGAUUCUAUCUGACUGGGACACACGUCUACUGAUUACCAAUGCCGAGCCGUUAAUUCAUUCUGGAACCUAUACUUGUCGAUGUCGUCUUUUUGAUAAAACCGAGACUGCGGUGUAUUUUUACGUGAAUGUGUUACCGAGGUCGCAAGAGACGGAAGAUAUCGAACCCGAAGCUGAAGUGGCUGGAGUUGAUGAACUGAAGCAAGAAACGGAUAACGAGCUAAUGGAACUUAUACCUCUUAAACGAGACAUUCUACAUCACAUGAUGUCAAAGAUAUCGGUCCCAAUAGGAAAAAUACUAGAACUACGCGUCGGUGUGGACAAAGAAGCGCUGCUGGCUAUGCUGGGUCGGACGAACGAUCAAAUAAAUACUUGGGAUCUGGUGACUAUCCAGUGGUUUCACAAAGGUCAGCUGCUACAGUUCUCGCAAUGUUGCACUAUGGGCGUAGAAGAUAAUACUGCCAUAUUAAGGACAACUACCUUUGACUUUUUACCGGAGGCAAGAUCCGAAUAUACAUGCACAUUAAGCUUCACUGAUUGUGACAACCGUCCACAGGUCUACACCGAAUCCAUUGAGGUGGAGUUCAGAGAACCCACUAAAGAGGAAAUAGAAAGCGGCUUCGUAGCUGUACACUCAUUGACAGUGCCACCACAUGCGUCACUCCCAAAAGUUGUCAGCAUUAGUGAUCUAUUCGACAUACAGCUCAUUCAGGGCGAGCGCUUCAGCCUCAUCACACCGUACGAUUUGAAUUCUACCGGAGAAGAUACGGCGAUUUGGUGGACAAUGGAUGGUCAAUUCAUUGCUGGCAGAAAUGUAAGCUUGGAAGAUACGCUAGAUUUCAAGUGCUUGCUCAACAGAACGAACCAGACCAUUAAACUGGUGAAACCAGUAGUGGAGAAAUCCGAUGUCGGAGUGUACGCUUGUUGGGUAGGCAAAGAACAUCUGAUGGAUGAGGCUACCAAGUGUAUAGAAUUUGUAGUUGAUGUACUGGAGGCAGAUAGUGAUUUGGAAGUACCUACUGAAUCGAUUGACUUAGAAGAUGACGUAAAAUUGGAAGAAAGAACCCCUGAACUGCAACAAUGUGAUGUUAUUUCCCUUGAAACAGAUUACGAAGAGGUAACUGAGGACGAGGAAGAAUGGAUCGAUGUAGUAAAGGACUUUGGUGACAUAGCUACUUCAGAAGGUCCAUGGUUAUCAGAUGAUGCAUGUCAUGUUGGGGCAACUUUCGAUAAGGAGUCCGGGAAUGAAGUCAAUGAAACGCCUGAACUUGUGGCAGCUAAUCAAACAACCGCGAUUCUUUCAGAGGAGGUUGAUAGUAGGGAGAAAUGUCAUGAUGAUGAAUAUUCGCUGGGAGAGAUAACAGGAGUUAGCCAGAUUGCUGAGCCUCCACGUGAUAAUGAAAAAUCCAAACUGGAGACGCAAGAAGCACUUGACAGCGAAAUGGAAAGUACCGAAAGGCGAACUACAAGGCAAGUUGAAGAUAGGCUAACAGAUGAUGAACAGGAUAGGAAGGGUUCAAUAACAACGACCGAAGAUCUGUCGUUAAUUGAGGAAACUGAAAUAAACCACGUGGUGGACGAUUCUGAAAUGAAGCUCUCACUUGGAAAACCCGAAGCAGAAAGAUCGAUCAGUGUAGCUGUGACAUCUGAUACAGCAACUCCAAGUGAGAGACAGAUCCAUCACGCUGAGGGUAAAUACUUUGCUAAAGAUAGUCAGACCGGGUACACCGAUGAUGAAUUAGAAGUCAUGCUAGUGACUUCAGGUGCUGAAAUAAAACUACCGAUCGGGGAAUCUCAUAAAGAGCAGAUGGAUGUAAGAAUUGCGAAAAGGGACUCACCUGAGGAAGCUGAGGUAAAGAAAUUAACUGAGAUUUCGGAAAAGAUCCCUGGGAAAUGUGAAGAAAAGCAAAUGGGUGAAAGGAUUGGAACCGGGGUACCAAACGAAAAGGAAGGAACACAGAAAGACCUGGCUGAACAACGCGAAAUGAAGCGGUUUGUGGUUAAGACUGAGGAAAAGGAACGGACAGAAGGACAAGAGGAACGAAGUGUGGCGAUAGAAAUUACAAAGCAACUGUUAGCCGAAGAAACCGACAAUAAAAAUAACGCUGAAGUGGCAAUAAAGAAAAAACUGUUAGAAGAAGCUAAGCCGGGGCUUUUGGGGGCGAAAGUGGAGAAGAAGCGUCUAGCCAAAGAGAAGCAAAAGGACCAAUUGGUAGUGGAAGACGAGUAUGCAGAGAGAAUGCGCUUAUCUGGGGACACGGAGAAUAAACACUUGGCGCGGGAUGAGGAAAGGAACCCACUGCCAGAAAAUGGUGAAAGGAAGAAGUUGGGGCAGGAGUCAGAAAUGAAAAGCCUAACCAAAGCGGCUGAAAUGCAAGGAUUAUCAGAGGAAGCGGACAGAAAACGGUUGGUGGAAGAGCCUGAACAAAGACUUUUGACAGAGGAAACGGAGAAGCAAUGUUUGGCUGAAGAGGCAGAAGAGGAGCGGUUGACGGAAGAGACGGAGAACAAAAGACUGGCAGAGGAACCGGCGAAAAUACAAUUGACAGAGGAUGCAGAGAAGUGGUUUGUGGAUGAGGCUGAAGAAAAACGUUUAACUGUGGACGAGAAGAAAACUCAGGUAAAUGAGGCAAAGAAUAAAAGUAUGGUAGAGGAAGUAGAGAAGAAGCGUUUGGCAGAGCACGCUAAGGCGAAAUGCAUAAAUGAGGAGGCAGAAAACAAGCGAGUAGAAGAAGAAGAAGCGAAAGAAAGAUGCGAAGAAGAGGCUAAAGAGCAACGUUUAAUUAAGAAAGCAGAGAAGGAACAAUCGGCAGAUGAAUCAAUAAAGCAAAAACAAGCAGAUGAAACGGAAACGAAACGAUUAGAAGAUGAGAGAGAAAAGAACAUUUUAGCCGAGGAAGAAGGGAAGAAGCCAUUGGCCGAGGAGGCGGAAACGAAAAGACUGGCAGAGGAAACAGCGAUGAUAAAAGAGCCAGAGGAGGAGCAGAGGCGCAUGGUCGAGGGGACAGAGGAGAAGUGGUUGGUAGGAGUGGCCGAAAAUGAAACCUUUACUAAGGAAGCUGAGAAGCAACGACUGGCAGAGGAUGCGGAGAAGAAAAGAUUGGCUAAGGAAGCCGCGAAGAAACUACACGCAGAGGAGGGGGAGAAGAAGCGGCCAACAGAGGAGGCAACAAAGCAACGGUUAGCUGAGGAAGUAGAGAAGAAGCGACCGGCAGAGGAGACGGAGAAGAAGCGGCUAGCAGUGGAGACAGAAAUAAAACGGUUAGCUCAGGAAGCAGACGGGAAAGGAAUGGCAGAGGAGGCGGAAAAGAGAAGAUUAGCUGACGAAGCAGAAAACAAGCGACUGGCAGGGGAAGCAGAGGCGGAACGAUUGGCUGAGGAAGCAGCGAAGAAAAGACAGACAGAGAAAGCGGAGAAGAAGCGGCUAGCGGAGGAGGCAGAAAUGAAACGGCUAACUGAAGAAGCAGAGAAUAAACGACUGGUAGAGGAGGCGGAGAAGAAGCGGUUAGCAGAGGAGGCAGAAAAGAAACGGCUAGCUGAGGAAGCAGAGAAGCAAAAACAGUCAGAGGAGGCGGAGAAGAAGCGGCUAGCGGAGGAGGCGGAAAAGAAACGGUUAGCUGAGGAAGCAGAAAAGAAACGACUGGCAGAGGAGGCGGAGAAGAGGCGGCUAGCGGAGGAGGCAGAAAUGAAACGACUAGCUGAGGAAGCAGAAAAGAAACGACUGGCAGAGGAGGCGGAAAAGAAACGCUUAGCUGAGGAAGCAGAGAAGAAAAAACAGGCAGAGGAGGCAGAGAAGAAGCGGCUAGCAGAGGAGGCAGAAAAGAAACGGUUAGCUGAGGAAGCAGCAACGAAAAAACAGGCAGAGGAGUUGGAGAAGAAAAGAUUGGCUGAGGAAGCAGAGAAGCAAAAACAGGCAGAGGAGGCGGAGAAGAAGCGGCUAGCGGAGGAGGCAGAAAAGAAACGGUUAGCUGAGGAAGCAGAGAAGCAAAAACAGUCAGAGGAGGCGGAGAAGAAGCGGCUAGCGGAGGAGGCAGGAAAGAAACGGUUAGCUGAGGAAGCAGAGAAGAGAAAACAGGCAGAGGAGGCGGAGAAGAAGCGGCUAGCGGAGGAGGCAGAAAAGAAGCGGUUAGCUGAGGAAGCAGAGAAGAAACGACGGGCCGAGGAGGCGGAGAAGAAAAGAUUAGCUGAGGAAGCAGCGAAGAAAAAACAGGCAGAGGAGGCGGAGAAGAAGCGGCUAGCGGAGGAGGCAGAAAUGAAACGGCUAGCUGAGGAAGCAGAAAAGAAACGACUGGCAGAGGAGGCGGUAAAGAAACGCUUAGCUGCGGAAGCAGAGAAGCAAAAACAGUCAGAGGAGGCGGAGAAAAAGCGGCUAGCGGAGGAAGCAGAAAAGAAACGGUUAGCUGAGGAAGCAGAGAAGAAAAGACAGGCAGAUGAGGCGGAGAAGAGGCGGCUAGCGGAGGAGGCAGAAAAGAAACGGUUAGCUGAGGACGCAGAAAAGAAACAACUGGCAGAGGAGGCGGAAAUGAAAAGAUUGGCUGAGAAAGCAGCGAAGAAAAAGCAGGCAGAGAAGGCGGAGAAGAAGCGGCUAGCGGAGGAGGCAGAAAAGAAACGGUUAGCUGAGGAAGCAGAGAAGAGAAAACAGGCAGAUGAGGCGGAGAAGAAGCGGCUGGCGGAGGAGGCAGAAAUGAAACGAUUAUCUGAGGAAGCAGCGACGAAACUACUGGAAGUGGAAGCCGAGAAGCAAAGGCAGGCAGAGGAGGCCGCGAUGAAAAUACUAGCAAAGGACACAGAGAAGAAACGACUGAUGGAGGAAGCAGAGAAAAAGCAGGCAGAGGAGGCUGUAAGGAAGCGUUUAGCUGAAGAAACAGAAAAGAACCGACUGGCAGAGGAGAAAGAGAAGAAAAAACAGACAGUUAAAACAGAGAAGGGAAAACAGACAAAGGUGACAAAAAAGAAACUUUUAGCUGAGGAAUCAGCGAAGCAAACAUUGGAGGAGGUGGAGGAUAAAAGAAUGGUAAGGGAAGCAGAAAAGAAAGAGCAGGCAGAAGAGGCAGAGAAGGUGCAACUAGUUAUGGAGGCAGAGAUCAAGAAAUUUACAGCGGAAAUAGAGGAGAAACGUUCGACAGAUAAGGCAGGGAAGAAGCGAGUAAAGGCGACAGAGCAAAGGAGUUUAACUGAAGAGUCAGCAAAGGAAUUAUUGGCGGAGGAGGCGGAAAGGCGUGAAGUGACUAAUGACGCAGGGACAAAGCGGUUGGAAGAAGAGGCAACGAGGAACAUAGUGGUCGUGAAGGCAGAAACCAAACUAUUAGCAGAUGAAGAGAAGAAAGGAUUGGCAGAGGCUGAGAAUGUGAGCUUGUCAGCGGAAGCGGAAGAAAAGAGAGUGGCUGAGAAUGCAAAGACAAAGAGUUUAACUAAGAAGUCCAAGAAGAAGGGGGUUAAAGAGGAAAUGGAGCAUGAGCGAUCAGCGGAGAAUACAGGGAAGUUGCAGUUCGCAGAGGAGUUUCAUGAAAAGCGUUUGGCGGAUGACGUUGAAUUGGGGCGAGUAGAGGAUGAAUCAGGAGUUAAUCGGUUGAAAGUGGAAGUAGCUAAUGAUACUGAGAUUUAUGGCAGGCUGGAGAUGCACCACACUUCACAGAGAGCAGAAAAAGAGAGGGAUAUUAGUGACAUCCAAAUGCGACCGAGCAGCUUAGGGGAACCUAGCGCCUACUUAGCAGAAGCCGAGGAUAAGGGCAGAAAGAGUAAAAAAGGUGCCAAAUCUAAGCGACAUCGUGGCGAGGAAAAGGCGCGGCCUGACGACAGGGAUGUGACAACAGAGCAAACAACCAUUGAACACGUUACUCAAGAGAGCAAUAUGGUUGCGUCCGAAAAGCAUGACACAGUGAAGGCUGACACAAUUAAUUUUGGAAUACCUAAGUACGAAGACGACAUGUUUGCGAGACAACUUGAACCAGUCAGUGGAGCGCGGCAGUUUCCAAAAUCGGAUCUCACAGGCGAGCGCUUACUGGAAGAGUUGGCACAAAAUAAGGAGAACAUUUCGCUUGCCACCAAGGAAUUAAUCAUGAAUGAUAGUGCCACCAUUAAGUCAAGGCUUAAAUCGGACAAAACACUGCGAAAGGCCGCUACUGUACGGUCAGGGAAGAUGCUAUAUUCCUCAUGUGGAAAACUGUUCUUGGAGGUGGAGUGUGACAAAGCGGAGAUGGCGAAUGUUGUAACACAAAUGGUGCGGAACGAGACCCUAAUCUGCAUCCCUUUGGCUGAAGCAGUUACUCUCAAUGGCCACGUGACAGUGUACGCGGAUGAGGGACAUUCUUUCAGAUUAUGCAUCACAGAUCUGCCUAAUUUACCCCUCAGAACCACCUGGUCUUUGAUCGAUCCCAGCUUCCAGGAGCCACAUGUAAAGCCCACGGAUUCAAGUGAGAGUGCGUUAGUGGAGCAAGCAGAUGGCGUGCUGCAAAUCACAAAUCUACGAGAGGUAAACACGGGGGUCUAUCAAGCAAAAAUCUGCGACCCAGGCGAGGGAGACGAACAGCAUGCCCUACUGGCCACUCUGGAUAUCCCCAUCAGGCUGAGUAAAGAACGGGUAUCGCGACAUCCGCCACAGCCUUUGGUCAACGAAGCACAACUAGAAAGUCUCUCGAUAGAGCCCACUGAAUGCACCAAUUUAUUUGGACCCAUCCCUGAAGGUAAACCAGUGAAGUUGGUGGCCCAAUUUCCAACACUGGGGUUAGACUAUAGCAUAUCCGAUUUCGAGUGGAUGCUAGAUGACCAACCAAUCAAAGCACAGGAUGGAAUGGUGACGUGUGAUUACGGACGGCACCAGGGAGUGGUCACUUUGAACAUGCCAGCAGUGAGACUGAAUCAAAGCGGCAUUUAUAGCCUUCAACUUUCGGACGAAGCCUUGGAACGCAUUCAAGACGCCGCCGAAGUCAGCGGAGUGUACAUAAGUGAAUUAUUAUCAAACCGACUAGUGUUUCCUCGCUUGUGUGUGGUUCCAGUAUCUGGAGAACAAGAAGAGGAGGGUGGAAAGAAGCAAUUGGACUUGGGACCUACUGAAUCUUCAGCCUUCAGCCAAGUUCUGCCUUCGCAUCUUGGUGCCAAAGAAGGGGAGCAACUAAAAAUAGAGGCUCACCUACGUGAUGACAUACGGAUCGGUCAGUUCGAAUGGCUGGUAAACGGAAAAACAAUUCUGCCAGAAUACACGGCUGAUUAUUCUUUGUGGCGAACGAAUAAUUCAUUGACCCUGAUGAUCCCGAGGGCGCGACCAGAGCUAAGUGGCUCCUACGGGCUGCGCGUUUAUAGUGGCACCGAAGUGUUCCGCACGCAAACAGAGCUGAUUGUGGAACCAUCCAGAUCAAGCGGCUCCACUUACAAACCCACACUCGCUGAUGGCCUAAAACCUCUGUUCACAAAGCGACUUCAAGAUUUCGCUGUGGACGUGGGUGAUUGCGUUCGUUUUACCGCUCGCAUUAUGGCAGAACCACCAGCAAUAAUUGUAUGGAGACAUAAUGGAAAUGUGAUCACCGGUGAACAUCGCAUCAGGCUGCUUAACGACGACGCACACCCAAGCCUCACCAUCAGUCGGGUGAAACCAAGCGACCGGGGCCGCUACUCUUGCACAGCCACAAACAGUCUGGGGCGCGCAGACACGGAAGCAAUUCUGGAAAUCAACGAUACUGAACAGUUCGCACCCAGCGACGAAAGUGAGGACGAUCACCUGAAGACUGGCAGUGUUUUGACCGCUGAGCACUACCACAGGCGAUCCGCCCUGCCAAAAAGUGCUCCCGAACUUAGUGUAACCGCACUCGAUGCUUCCCACGUUUCUCUUCAUUGGACUGGCGUGCCACAUUCGCAGGACUUAACGUACACCGUGGAGGUGAGCAAAGAUGGAGGUAAAUGGUGGAGACCCGUAAUAACGGACCUGGUGGACACUUACGCCCGGUUGUCCACUGAUAUGGCGUCCCCGUUGAGUGCAGUACAAGUUCGUGUCUUAGCUGUCAAUGAGUAUGGUGUCGGCCCACCCUCCACAGCCUUGAAAAUUCCGAUCAGGGCAUGUGUGCCUGUGAUGCCGGCCGUCAAACCUGAAGUUGAAUUCGAAGAGGCCGCAGCUGUCUUUAUUCAGUGGCAAAAAGCGCUCCCGUCCAUCACUGAGCCACAGGUUUUGCACAAUUACUUAUUCACUCCAGCCGCCAUGCUUGGCACGGUGUGGUAUGCAGUCGAAGUACGGGAAGGAGCACAGUCCCAAUGGCAUCGAGUGGCUGAUAACAUUUCCUCUCUAUCACACAGUUAUCAUCUAACUCCUGGGUCAAGUUCGGCAAUACGCGUGGUUGCUGUCAAUCGAUUUGGAGAAUCUAGUCCAACCCCAAUCGCACUGGCUUACUUGGAUCCGAAUGCGCUAGUUCCUAACCUGUCCAUUGAUCCACCUUGGGUUGCCGUCUCUCAUGGGCCAAAUCAAGCCGUUGGUCUUAAGGUGUACUGGAAGCCAGCAUAUAUGCCCGAGUAUUGUUCAUCCUGCGUAUCUGGGUUGGAUCCAUUCUAUCGAAUUGAGUGGAGACGGGGACGGUCUGGAAUGUGGCAAGCUUUAGCGGAUGAUGUCACUGAUGCGGAAGUUGGUUUCUGUCUCCCCAACCAAUUGGUCAUGAGUGUGUGGGACGACGCAAAACGCUUAUCAGAUCCCAGAAAUGUGUUUUCUGUGCAAAACCAAGCUAUAGAGCUCCGUGUGUUCUGCUGGAACAAAUUUGGCGAGAGUGGCCCUACCAAGUCAUGCCGGUUGCUACCUUCUCAGUUGUUCAGAGGACAGAAAUACAAAACCGACGUGUUGGCUGCUGAUAAAUGCCAGGAACCAGCUGUACCUUCCACCGAAUCAUUUGAGGAAAUGGACCAGUUACCGGUUCUUAGGGCGGAUGAUCACUACCUUCAGUUGCGAAGCCACAUACGUUCGAUCAGUCCCAGGGAUGGAAUAGAGAUUACCUGGGACAAAUUCGACCUUACAGACCUGCCGAAUGGUUCAUUUGACACACGACUGGACACUCACAACCGAUAUCGCAUAGAACGACUGGGUCCGGAUCCUGAUAACCAAGAUGCGUACGCUUGGAAUGUCUGCAGUAACGAGACCGCUUUAAUAUACGGGGAAAACUUCGUUCUAGAUGCACGGCCGGCCGAAGUGGAGCAGCUGUUCCGAAUCCUCGCUUUACGGGAAUCAGAUGGUCAUUCGUUUUGGAUGGACGUCUACAACAUCGUCCGCAUCCCUACCCUUAAAGAUCUUCGUCCCACCGCACCCACCGGGAUAUCUGUACAAAGUACUCCGGCCUCUGUAGCCAGUGGAACCCCCACAAACAUUAUUUCUUGGCAGCCAUCGAGUCAACAUUAUCUUCUGACCCAGCUUUCAUCAGCCCGAGCCACAGAUUCUGGAACUGAUGACACCUAUUCCAAUCCAAAAGUAAGAUACCGUGUUGAGGCACGUCCGGCUUUCAAUAAUGAGGCAACGUGGCGGCAAGUGGCGGAAGUGAGUUCCGAGUCAACGCAUGCUGUGGAUCGGAAAGUGGAGCCAGGAGUUCCGUUGGUUUAUCGCGUCACGCCAAUUAAUUUGUUUGGCGAAGGGUCAUCGCUCAUGUCUGAUCCAGUGCACACACCUCUUCUCUACGCUACAUUGGAAGGUUGUGUCGAUGAUGUGCGUUACAUGGUCGCUGGACCGACUGAUCUGCUGCUACGUUGGCGAUUGGGAGAUGCAGCGAUCGAGGCACUGAAGCAGAACGAACCAAGUCGCUUCACUGAGUCCUCAUUCACUGACAGAGUGCAUUUUAGCGUCGAGGUUCGCACCGCGUACACCGGCGACUGGUCCCCAUUGGUGGAGCGGAUCAAAGGAGACCUGACCGCCAAGGCCUUACUACGGGAUUUGGUCUAUUUGGACAAGGAUAUCUCAUGCAGAGUCGUUGCAUUCUUAGAUAAUCAGCGCACAGUGCCCAGUCGUCCAAUUAGAUUGAACAUAAAAACGGAAUCACUGGUCCCCGACUUCUCGACGGUAAAACCACAUGUUCAUGUGGAAUCAGUGGAAGAAUAUCACAUCGGAUGUGCCGAGCCUCAUUUGCAUGACAUCUACUCCAGUUACUCGCUAUCCAUCACCGCUCCUCACGUGCUGCAAAGAGACACGUCUUACGAAAUUCAGAUUCAGUUCGAAGGUAACAGCAAAUGGGAUUCCUUGGUGUCAGACCUGGAAGAACCCCAGUGGAUUUGGAUGAACCCGGACCCACUUCAGUCGUACCAUAUUCGGAUAUUGCCAUCGAAUCAGUUCGGUCGUGGCGUUUGUUCCCGAGCUGUUCGUAUCGACUCACAAGUUGUUAUUCCAGAUCUGAGUUUCAUUAAACCGUCGAUAGAAGCGCCAGUGGAUGUCCUGGCAGACACCACUCCACCAGAACUCGUGUGGCAACUUCCGCGCGCAUACAGUCUCGAAAAGACCCUCACCCCAUUCACAUACGAAGUACAAGUUCGAGGGGUUGCUAGCACAUCUCGCCUCGCGCCUGUCCCCUCUUUGGCGCGCAGCACAGCCACUUCCCGAACAUCUGCAUCGGAGGAUGAGGAAACUAUUUGGCGGGUGCUGGAGACCGGGGUGAAACGAACUCGGUUGGCACUGGGUCGUUUGGACCCGGAACAGGAAUUUUGGCUCCGAGUGGUAGCAGUAACGGACUAUGGGCGGGGAGCACCAAGUCAACCGGUGAGGAAAAUGGCGGAUACAUUUACAAGACGCUAUCAAAGGUCCUCUGCCUCUGUCGGUGCAUUACACGAGGCCACACCAGUAUCACCAACGUUCAUUGACCCAACAUGUACUGUCGUGUAUGCCGCAAUCGGAGGACGCUUAGAGCUGAAGUCGAACCUACUGCCAAUCAGCUACGAUGCGGAUAUACGGUUCAGUUGGUUGUUAAAUGAAAGACCAGUGGAUGUUGACGAGCCCAGCUACCAACCCCGUCUCUCCAGACAUAGGUGCCAAGUUUCAAAAGCUGGCGAUUAUGCUGCUUUGAUCGUCGACAACCUGACGGAUGAAGACUUCGGAGUGUAUGUCUGCAAAGCGGUCAACAUACGAGGCACUGCAUCCAAGGAAUUUUUUGUCAAAAAAGCGGAUGCACCGGUGUUCUUAGAAGUUCCAGUUCCUGUGAUUACGGUCCAACUACACUCGCCAUUUCUACUGCCAUGUUUGGUGGACGCUAUCCCAUCUGCAACGCUAUACUGGACCAAAGAUUCCAAGAGGAUCGUUGAAUCCCAUCGAACCAAAAUUGGCCCAAUCAUAUCGACACCACCAACCGGGAAAGACGCCAAGGAGCCUACAAUUACAACGAACGCCUCACUGUCUGUGGACAGAUGUAUAUACCAGGAUGCAGGACUUUAUACCCUGGUUGCCGAGAACAUUGCUGGAGCUGUGCAAACAAGCUGCCUCGUGCGCAUUGAAGAAAAGCCUGUCCCUAACUUAAUCAAUGUUCGCUGGACUGACGUCGGUAAACACUACUACGUACUCCGACGAUUGCAGAAGAACGAAAUGGAAGAAGUCCGUUCAGUGAUUGAUAAGAAAACUAAUCAAGAGUAUGAGGGGCACAUGUUCCCCUUGGACGAUGCGUGGAGCAGAGUUAGCGGGGCACGACAAUUCGAGUGUCUGUCACGCAUGUGUCAUGCGAAUGUGGUGAGGCUUGUUGACGCCUUGGUCAGCGAUAAUGUCCUCAUUCUCGUCACAGAAAGAUUUACCGGACCGAACGUGUUGGAAGCAAUGCUGUAUUGUAACAGCUGGUCCGAAUCCGCUGCUCAAGUUGUGAUCCGGCAACUAGUUGAGGCUGUGAAGCAUGUUCAUUCAGAAGGCGUGGUGCACCUCGAUAUCCAACCAAACAAUCUGGUAUUCGCCUCCAAUCUGGCGACUGACAGAUGGGACGAGCAAAACGCAUACACCGAACUUUUCCGUGUCCUAUCACCUCUGGUCAACGAUGCAAUGGGUCACGGCGUGACGGAUCGACACAAGAUGAGCGUUCUAAGUCACUUACUCAAACUUGUGGGAUUUACGGUCGCGGAGCCAUGCACAGAGGAUACCUGCCCGAAAUCGUGCUGCCUGCCUUUUCGGCUCCGGCCAGAGUAUUCCGCACCUGAAGUAAUACUGGCACACAAAGGAGACAAAGGUUCGGGCUGCGAAGAUGUCUAUGUGGCAUUGGGUCCAGCUGCUGACAUGUGGAGUGUGGGUGUGCUAACUUAUGUACUCUUAACUGGUUGGUGUCCAUUUAUCGAUCCAAUUACGGGGGAGGUGCUUUAUGAGCACAUACUGAACGCAUCGUAUUCAUUGGCAAUGGAGGAAUUCAACAAUGUAUCUGACGAUGCCAGGCGAUUUGUCAGCAGUUUGCUACAGAAGAAUCCAAAGGAUCGACCAACUGCCGCAGAAUGCCUUUCGUCUUCUUGGCUGUGCCCACCGAAAGGAGCAGCAAAGAUUGGUGUGGAGUACAAGCUACCAAAUCUCCCGAAAUACUAUGAUGUGUAUUCUGUCACGAAAACCGAAGUGCGAACAGCGAGGAGUUCAAUGACAGCGGACUAUCGAACCAGGUUCCCUGGUGAAUUGCAAGCCAAUACAGAAUCGUUCAUCAAAGAUUCCGAUGAAUGGGGCUCGUACGGAUUACAAGGCAUACAUCAAUGCGUACGGAAGCGGAUUCGUCAGCUCACGACCAUUCCUGUACACAGCGAAGAUAGUACGAGCGAUGUAUCUUCCAGAGCAUCCUCGAUUCCAAACUUUUCUGAAUUAAUGAAUGUACACGAUAUCGAUUCGGACACACACAUGAGUGAUGCCUCGACCUUCCAGCAAGACAAUGGCCCCCGAGUAUCUGUGGUAUCUGCGGAUGACACGUCUACCGAAUUCAACGUGAAAUUGUACAUGAUGAGGCAGAAUACCCUGACUGAGGGGAUGUUAGCUGAGGCUGAAUCGUCUGCUACGAUGGAGCUUCAGGAGCCGCCUUUCACCAGUGAAACAAACGGGCAAGCAUCAGAAACUAUGCAACGGAGCUCAUUAAUGGAAGCCGCAAUGCAACCACAAAUUUCAGCAGCGGCACCAACGUUCGCAAGUCCACUACGCGACGCGUAUUUCAGCAUCCACUCGGGUGAGGCGCGCUUCAGCUGUCAACUGGCUGGUCCAGCGAUUCUCCCGCCCGGCAAUUACGGCAAUCGAGAAGUCAUGGCAGAAGUGUACCCUGCACAAUUAGUGAAAACACAAGAUUGUCAAUCGUCCUCCGCCACGGUUGCCGCGUGGUACCUAGGCGGAUGCCUGUUAUCGGAUGGACCAGGGGUGCAACUCGGAGCCGGGCCAGGGAAUUGGCUGUGGCUGUGUCUAUCCGAACUGGACGCUGAACAGUCGGGCAGUGUGGUAGAAUGCGUCGUACGGAACAGAGCAGGAAAAGCCAGGACGCAAGCUCGGUUGCUGCAAGCAAGUCCCCCAAAAUGUCCCGGCCGACCAGGAGUGACAGAGAUUCGUCCGACAGAAGCUCUAAUCUCCUGGGUACCGACUGACCAUGCGCUCAAUGCAGAUAUGAUCUACCGCGUCGAUGCAAAAUGUUCAACAAACCAAGAACAGGCCACUUGGCGAACGCUUGGGUUUACGGUGGACUGCCAGUUCCUCGCUACAAAUCUGCGGCCAGCUGCUCGGUAUCGCAUGCGUGUCUCUGCGGGUAACAUCUUCGGUUGGGGUUCCUACAGUGUGGCAUCCUCGGAGUUUCAAACCCCGGAAACCUCCUGCGCAGCAACCACUCAGCUACUGAGCCAAGCCGAUAGAGAAUGGAUUUUGACUUGGCGCCAAUCGACCGAUAUUUAUGCGCUGAGCGAGCACCCACUGGCCGUUCAAUUCUGUAUGGCACUGAGCAAUUCGGUCCCUCCGCCGCUGUCGGACAAGGCCUUGGAGAAGCUGGAGCGACACGGAGGGUUGAUUCCUGACCUGGAUGUGCUUCGAGAAAUCUGCGUUCCCGAGUGUCUGAUCGCAAAGGGGAAGUUCUGUAAGUGGAUUGUGGCCAGAACCAACCCGAUGUUAACAGGACAUGCGACCAGUGGCAGGGAUCACCUGACCCUUCCGCCCAGACUGCUUCUCAAAGUGACCAAAGUUAAGGAUGCAGAAGACCCCAGAGUUGAACAAUCCGCUCGCAGAGAGGGCAUUCUGUUGACUGGCCUGAAUACAUCGUGCGGCGGACCCCUUGCUGCUGUAGAGGACUACUUCAUUGGUAUGGAGGCCACCUGCAUUUUCUCUGCAGCAAGGCAUCUGCUCCCAUGUGGCGCCUCCCUUGGGUGGUUAGCGAAUGAUGCAGCGAAACCGUCCUUUGGAAUAAACGUGUCGCACUGGAUCCCUGGUGGUGAACUUUUGGAUGUUCUUUGCCGCCGUACGGAGUACAGUGAAUUCUCCAUAAUGCGGUGGACGCAGCAACUGCUCAUGGGGCUUCGUUGGCUGUACUCUAAGUUUUACGGUCGCCCUCAUGGUUGCAUUUGUCCGCGGCACAUUCUCGUCUCCAGAAGGAGUUCCCUUUUGCCAGAUAUCGUUCUCGCUGAGUUGGAUGGCGAGAGAAGUGAUGAAGAAGCUGAAGGCUUCAUCGCUCCAGAGUUGAUCCAAGGAGGAGCAUCCACAACAUACUCUGACCUGUGGAGCCUGGGCGCAUUCGUUUAUCUUCUGAUGACAGGUGAGUGCCCAAAACUGGAAGCGACCACUCAAGAAGAUGCAACGGGAUCAGCUGAGACAACCACUGAGAAUAUCAAACACCCGAUAGAAUUCAAGAAGCUCAAAUGGUUCAGUAAACCGGCCAAGAAGUUCGUCUAUAACUGUCUGCAACCACAUCCAAGAAAACGUGGUCACGUGGAUUUCUGGCUCAGCUCUCGAUGGUUCGACAUCCGGCAGGAAAAUGUUAGCAAGCUUACAAAAACCGUCAUUCCUGCGUCUCAGGUGAACGCCUACAGGCUUCGGAGGCAAGAUCGGCUGGACCGCUGUCUUAGCACGAAGCCGACGGAAUUGCUACUGCUCCCCUAA